AUGUCAGUCGCUCCUACACUGGGUGUGUACAAGCUCCCUACUAUAGACAAUGAGCCAAUGCGAAAUUACGAACCGAACUCUAAGGACCGUCAGGAGCUCCAAAAAGCUGUGGAUGAGCUGCUUGCCUGCAAUCCUUUCGAGAUUCCGGUUAUCAUUGAUGGCCAAGAAUUCAGGAGCGGAAAGCUAGCGAAGCAGGUAAACCCUGGUGAUCACGCGCGGGUUGUAUGCUACUACCACGAAGCUGAUGAGCGCAUGGUAAGCAUCGCCAUUGAGGGUGCGUUGAAGGCCAAGAAGCAAUGGAUGAACAUGCCUUGGAGUGAACGCGCAGCUAUCAGCAUGAAGGCGGCUGACCUUAUUGCUCACAAGUACCGCUACCAGCUCUUAGCUGCAACAAUGGUAGGUCAAGGCAAGAAUGUCUGGCAAGCUGAGAUCGAUGCUGGAGCAGAGAUCUGUGACUUCCUGCGCUUUGGCGUCAAGUACGUGGAUGACAUGUACCAAAUCCAGCCUCCUCGUAACUCUCCCGGCGUUUGGAACCGGACAGAAUACCGACCGCUUGAAGGAUUCGUUCUUGCGAUCUCCCCUUUCAAUUUUACCGCCAUUGCUGGUAACCUGGUGAUGACUCCUGCCAUGGUAGGCAAUGUGGUGGUGUGGAAGCCCUCGCCUAUGGCCAUCUACUCGAACUACCUGGUGUACAAAAUUUUAGAAGAAGCUGGUGUACCGCCUGGUGUGAUCCAAUUUGUUCCUGGGCCAGCUGAGCCUAUUGCCAAAGCGGCGAUGGACCACCGCGACUUUGGUGGCCUACAUUUCACAGGCUCGACGUUUGUCUUCAAGGCUCUGUGGAAGCAAAUAUCGUCAAAUCUGGAUGUGUACCGUGGGUACCCACGUAUCGUCGGUGAGACCGGUGGUAAGAACUUCCACUUCGUACACAAGUCCGCUAAUCAAGAUGUGGUGGUCACUCAGUGCAUUCGUGCCGCAUUCGAGUACCAGGGUCAGAAAUGCAGUGCUCUCUCUCGCUUGUAUGUGCCAAAGUCAAUGUGGCAAGGAGGCUUAAAGGAAAAGCUUAUCGAGCGUACCAUGUCAUUGAAUGUAGGCCCCGUGCAGGACUUCAAGAACUUCGUCGGUCCCGUGAUUGCCAAGCACUCGUUCGACAAGAUUAUGGGCUUGAUUGAGGAGGCCAAGGCGGAGGGCGGCAAAGUGCUUGUUGGUGGCUACGGCGAUGACACUAAGGGUUACUACGUGCAGCCAACCAUUAUUGAGACGCAUGAUCCUCGCUCAGUGACGAUGGUCAAGGAAAUCUUCGGUCCAGUGAUCACAGUGUUCGCUUACCCAGACGACGAGGUCGAUGAAACAUGCGCUUUGGUGGAUUCGACGACGGAAUAUGCACUGACUGGCUCGAUCUUCGCCUCCGAGCGCAAUGCCCUUCUUCACAUUAGCAACCUCCUGCGUAAUGCGUCUGGCAUGAUGUACUACAAUGACAAGUGCACUGGCGCUGUGGUAGGCCAGCAGCCUUUUGGUGGUGGCCGCGCCUCAGGCACGAACGACAAGGCUGGCAGUAUGAACAUUUUCUUCCGAUUUGUCUCACCGCGCACAAUCAAAGAGUCUAUGCUCGACCCUGCCACACAUCUGUACCCAUCGAAUAUGUGA